UUCCGGCUAGCUUGACUCUGCCCGCGUCCCUUCAUAAUCAUCUUGCCCCCGCCCGUCGGGUUUCCUUUAUGCCCCCUCUAAGAUGGAGGCCUUAGGGGGCUACCCCGUCAAGUCCUCCGCGCCCAAAGUGAAGAGGUUGACCGUCCUGUUGAGCAUGACUGUCGGCGUGGGCUGUUUGUUCCUGCUCCAGACACAGCUGCUGAAGCCCCAAAAACCAGUGGACUUUUACUCUUUUGAGGUGAAAGACGCGAAAGGGAAGACGGUCUCGCUGGAGAAGUACCGAGGAAAAGCUUCCCUUGUUGUCAACGUGGCGAGCCACAGCGAACAGACUGAGGCAGCUUACGGGUCGCUCCAGGAACUCCACAGAGAGUUGGGAACGUCUCACUUCAACGUCCUGGCCUUUCCCUGCGGACAGUUUGGUGACACAGAGCCCGGAACCAGCAGUUACAUUGAAGCGUUCGCCAAGUCCACCUACGGCGUCACCUUCCCAUUCUUUGGCAAGAUCAUGGCGACAUUCAAGGGAAACUUUGAGAGCUCCGACUGGCGAGCAUUUUAA